GAUGUCUUAAUGCUGGUAAUAUCUUAUGCUGGUAACUUACCUUACAAUAAAUGGUAAACAGUUUUGAGCUUGUUUUAUAUCGCUAAUUUUUUGCAAUUUGGAGUUGGUUUACUCAUCGGAAGACGAUCGUAUAAUUAUGAAACCAUUGAUGCUACACGGACAUGAGCGUUCGAUAACUCAGAUAAAAUACAACAGGGAAGGAGACUUAUUAUUUUCUUCUGCUAAAGACCCCAUCCCAAACGUCUGGUACUCCAUCAAUGGGGAAAGAUUGGGUACCUACAAGGGUCACGGGGGUGCCGUCUGGUGCCUUGAUAUCAACUGGGACACAAGUAAGUUAAUGACUGGAGCCGCCGAUAACACUUGCAAGAUUUGGGAUUGUGAAACAGGGCAAGUAAUAAUAGACCAUGCCACAAGAUCAGCCAUCAGGACAUGUGGUUUUUCAUUUAGCGGCAACUUGAUAAUGUUCACCACUGACAAAACAAUGGGUCAACAAUGCGAGUUGUAUGUUUUCGAUUUGAGGGCCCCAGAGACUUUUAAGGAUAACAACAGUCGCUGGAUGAAGGAGAUGACCAAUCACAAAGUGACAGCGGCCAUCUGGGGCCCACUCGACGAGAUGAUCAUCACCGGACAUGAAAAUGGUGAACUGUGCCAAUGGGAUCUCACUAGAGAAAUGUGCAUGGUUAAGGUCAAUGACCACAGUAAACAAAUCAAUGACAUUCAGAUGAGCAAAGAUAUGAAUGCAUUCAUCACUGCCUCUAAAGACUUUACUGCUAAGUUAUACGACACGACCUCCAUGUCCGUGAUGAAAACCUACAAGACAGACAGGCCCGUCAACUCGGCCGCCAUCUCCCCACUCAAACCACACGUUGUCCUCGGAGGCGGUCAGGAAGCCAUGGACGUAACGACCACGUCAACCAGAAUCGGAAAGUUCGACUCCCGAUUUUACCACCUGGUCUUUGAGGAGGAAUUCGGUAGGGUCAAAGGUCAUUUUGGACCAAUCAACAGUGUGGCUUUUCACCCCGAUGGGACAGGGUACAGCAGCGGUGGUGAGGAUGGCUACGUCAGAGUCCACAAGUUCGAUUCGCCGUAUUUUGAUUUCGACUUUGAAGUCUGACAUCUAUCUAGUUACGAAACAAUAAUAACGUGGACACAAGAAAGAAAAAAAAAAUUAUUUCCGUUUUAAGUUUCGUGAAUUUAAUUGUUGGGUGGUCAUCGGUUGGCGAAAGUAAUUUAUUGACUGGUAAAUGAUUCCAUAACAUAGUUUAUUGAUUGACAAAUGUUUCAUUGAAAUAGUUUAUCGAUCGAUUGAUUGAUCGAUUGAUAAAUGUUUCAAUAAAAUAUUUUAUUGAUUGAUAAGUAUACCGGUUGAUAAAUGUUUCAAUGCUGUUGAUCUGAAUAAGUGAAAAAAAUUAAAAAGUUAAAAUUUAUCGAUGCAGCUGAAACUUUAUAAAAAAA